GCCGUAAUCUCAAAGUUUGUUCCCUUUUGAGAAACAAAGACUGCGCCGUCGGUAUGUAGCCCUUGUACUCUCCUCUUCCGCCUUUUAAUAUUGGCCUCCCACCUCCACAGUCUCGAGUUUCUCCCCCUUCCCCCUUUCUAUUUUGUUUGGCAUGCGAUGGGUUGUUGCUUUUCAGAACCUGUAGAUUUCGAUGGUGAAGUCAAUUUGUACCACUUUGACCUUCAUCGGGCUGUCGGCAAAGGGGCAUUUGGAAAGGUGCGAGUGGUCGAGCACAAGUUGACCAAGAAUCUUUAUGCCCUCAAAUAUAUCGACAAGGCGCAAUGUAUACGGCAAAAGGCUGUUGCUAAUGUUAUACAGGAGAGGAGGUUACUAGAAGAGAUUGAUAAUCCUUUCGUCGUCAAUCUCCGAUAUGCGUUCCAGGAUGAUGAGAAUUGUUUCUUUGUUCUGGACUUGAUGCUAGGAGGGGAUCUUCGCUUUCAUUUGGAGCGAAAGGGACCUUUACCAGAAUUAGCGGUCCGACACUGGACAGCCGAAGUCGCUUCUGCGCUAGGAUAUCUUCACGGACAAAAGAUUAUUCACCGAGACGUGAAACCUGAUAACAUUCUUCUCGACUCGAAAGGGCAUGCCCAUCUUACGGAUUUCAACGUUGCCGUCCAUUACUCUGAACGUCGGAAACACACGAGCGUGGCUGGGAGUAUGGCUUAUAUGGCGCCCGAAAUCCUCGAACGGAAAGGUUAUUCAUGGGAGGUCGAUUGGUGGAGCUUAGGGGUAACUGUGUACGAACUCCUAUUCCACAGACGGCCUUUUGAUGGGCGAAAUGAGGACCAAAUCACUCAAUCUAUUACGAAGCAUUCCCUCAAAUUUCCUGAUCCCCAGUGCAGCGAGGAUGCAAUCAGUGCAAUCAAAGGAUUCCUCCAACGAAAUAAUAGCCUGCGAUUGGGAUGCAGACGGAGUAAAGAAGAGGUCAAAGACAUUCAUCGGCAUCCAUGGUUCAAAGGCAUAGAUUGGAGGAUGUUACAAGACAAAGACCCCAAUCCUCCUUUCUCAAUCGACCUGAAGGCGGCCAAUUUCGACGUUUCCCAUGAGCUGGACGAGUUCCUCAUGGUCGAAAAGCCCCUCACUCAUUCCAAGCGGAAAGCUCACCUUGAUCUCGACAAGCUAGGGCCUGAGCUAAGGAAACUAGAAGAGCAGUUCACUAUCUACGAUUAUACCAAAGGCAGCCGCGUUUCGUAUUACCCACAUAACCAACCAAUAUCCAUAUCAGGAGACAUUGACGCAGAUCGAACGCUGUUGAAUCACUCGCAGGAUAGAUCAACCCUUCAGCCCACCGCAACCAUAGCUGAACGGUCACAAACCUCAUCGACGAUCAAACGCGGUUCUUCUUCCUAGCUGUAGACGCAAGCCCCACCCCCCGCUCGCAGGCAUCUCCAAAACUGCCGACAAUACAUAUCGCCUCAUAUUGAUACAUCCGAUCCUCUUAGUUUACAGUAAUUUCUUGGCUCCAGUUAGCCCUGGCAUAAUCAUAGGGUCAGUGGCCCCAUCAUGUAGCAUUGAAUUUCUUGGUUUUUUGUCCUCUUGCAUUUUGUGGAUCGUUGUUCGCAUUUUUCUUCUCUUCACAGUGUAUACCUCCAUAUCAUCAUUCUCAUCCUCCGCACUCACUCAUUCUGUACCAUUACAUUCCCCUUCUUGGUUUUUCUUGAAGAUGUAUGUUUGUUUUCACGACUUCGAUCAUGAACUUGGUUAUUCCUCAUCGGUCAUCCAACAGAAAUUUCAAUAGUAAGUAAUUUAUUUGGCUUCAUG